ACUUUUCGCCUAAGAGACGGUUCUUAGAACAUGAUUAACCCGGGUUCUUAAUUUGAGGUUCUUAAUUCAUGAUUUGACAUUCUUUAGUUUUUUUUGUUUUUUUAUACUUUUCGGCUAAGAACCGUGUAUUAACCGAAUCUAAGAACCAGAUUUGAGUUAAUCAUGGUCUUAAUAUAAAUACUUUGACAAAUCUAGAGCUGUGCAUCCAUCUAAAGUAGAUGAUUUAAUCCCCACCUGAAGAAAAAUGACAAACUCCAUAAGAUCAUCAUCAUCAUCAUCUCUCAUCGAUCCUAGAAGUGGUUUCUGCAAUGAAAACUCGACGUUUUACAGUAAACGCAACCCAUUGCCACUUCCGGCGAACACCUCACUCGACGUCACCACUUUCAUCUCCUCUCAACCUCACCGCGGCACAACAGCCUUCAUCGACGCCGCCACGGGCCGCCGCAUAAGCUUCUCCGAGCUCUGGACGGCCGUAAACCGUGUCGCGGACUGUCUCCACCGCGACGUUGGAGUAAGAAAAGGCGACGUCGUGCUCGUCCUAUCUCCCAACUCCAUAUCCAUCCCCAUCGUCUGCCUCUCCGUCAUGUCUCUCGGCGCCGUCGUCACCACCGCGAAUCCUCUCAACACCGCCGGUGAGAUUUCAAGACAGAUGGCAGACAGCAACCCGGUUCUCGCCUUCACGACCCCUGAGCUGAGUCAGAAACUCGCCGGUUCCGGUAUCUCCAUUGUCCUCGAGAAAAUGGGACCCAUUCGCGGAGUCAGAGUCGUCGGUUAUAUGAGUGAGAUGAUGAAUAAGGAGCCGAGUGGGAAGAACCGAGUCAGAGACCGAGUCCACCAGGACGACACGGCGAUGCUUCUCUACUCGUCGGGAACCACAGGACGUAGCAAGGGAGUGAUGUCGUCUCACGGGAACUUAAUCGCACACGUGGCCAGACACCUCGUCGAGCCAAUGGACCCGCACGAGAUCUUCCUCUGCACUGUUCCGAUGUUCCACACGUUCGGUUUGUUGAACUACGUCAUGGCCACCGCAUCGUUAGGCUCCACGGUCGUGAUCCUCCGGAGAUUCGAGCUACACGAGAUGCUGGCGGCGGUUGUGAAGUACAGAGCCACGACGCUGGUUCUGGUGACGCCGGUUAUAGUAGCUAUGAUGAACGGAGCAGAGCUGAUCAAGGCGAAGUACGACCUGAGCUCGCUGAGAAUAGUUAGGUGCGGUGGAGCUCCGCUGAGCAAGGAGGUUACGGAAGGGUUUAUAGAGAAGUAUCCAACGGUUGAUAUUUUUCAGGGUUACGCUUUGACGGAAUCUAACGGUGCAGGAGGUUCUAUUGAUACGGUGGAGGAGAGCCGGAGAUAUGGUGCGGUGGGGUUGUUGUCGUCCGGUGUGGAAGCGAGGAUUGUGGAUCCGGAUACGGGUCGGGUCAUGGGUGUUAAUAGAACGGGUGAGCUCUGGCUUAAAGGGCCUUCUAUUGCCAAAGGUUAUUUUAAGAAUGAAGAAGCUACAAAAGAAUGUUUUAAUUUACAAGGAUGGCUUAAAACCGGAGAUCUUUGCUACAUUGACGAUGAUGGGUUUCUUUUUACUGUUGAUCGAUUGAAAGAGCUAAUCAAAUACAAAGGUUAUCAGGUACCUCCAGCUGAACUAGAGGCUCUCUUACUGAACCACCCAGAUAUUCUAGACGCAGCCGUUAUUCCGUUACCGGAUAAAGAAGCAGGGCAAUGUCCGAUGGCUUACAUAUCGCGCAAGCCUGAAAGCGAUCUCUCUCAAAAACAAGUUAUUAACUUCAUCUCUGAACAGGUAGCACCGUAUAAGAAAAUAAGGAAGGUCGCGUUUAUAGACUCCAUACCAAAAACUCCAUCGGGCAAGAUACUUCGUAAAGACUUAAUCAAACUAGCCAGUUCUAAGCUUUAAGCGAAUCACAACAUUAUUACUUUUUUAUUUUAUAGUUUUUGUUCAACAUUAUAAGCAAGAAAUUGCACACAACGAAAGAAUCAUAAUAAGAGAAGUUGUAAACUUGUAAUAUAUAGUUUUUGUUGUAAACUUAAGGAUUGAGAAUCUAUAAGUUCUUAUUAUAUUAAUCGAUCAUAAGGUGCCCUUAU